AGGAGUUUAUUUGCUGAUGUUAAGAAAUGCCAUAGCUGGAGGCUCUGGGUACUGGAAUCAGGAAGCUGAGUACAGAUUUUCUGUAUCUUUGUAGCUGUGUGCUCAUUCUGGGUGAUAAACAAGUUUCUCGAGAGGAGAGCUCUGAAAAAUGACUGUAACCUGCUGGUGAGUUUAGUUUUAGGUUCUGGGGUUUGAAAUGGGGAUUUGUGGUCAGAAACUGUUGGGCAGUUUUCACUUAGAGAGCUGGGUUGUCACAAUUUUCUGAUGGCUGCUCUCUCUCGCUGCUCAGCUGCACACAGAGAUGGAAAUAGAGCAAGUGAUUGAACCAGCUUCGUUAAAAUGAGGGAGAUGUAGAAAGUAAAGCUUGGUACUGUAAAGCUGGAUAUAAGAAAAAGGUAAAAAGCUGGGCUUUUUCACCCUAAUCUUGAGAUCUGUUGCUGUACAAAAAAUGGUGAUGAGCCUUUUAGUGCUGGUGACAGCGUGGGCUGAAGCUUCCCUCGCUGGGGUAAUCUCUUCUGCAAAGCACCUCAGCCCAGUGUGGCACGGCCUCACCUCCAGCCCUGCCAGCCCUGCUCCUCCUCCCCCUCCUAAAAAAGAAGUGGCAGCUGUUGGAAAGUGGAGCCCGUUUGCUUUCUGGUGCUUUGGGAAUAUGAUCCAGAUCCUGCAUGAGAGAGAGGAAGCAGCAGAGCGAGAGAGAAGGGCGGGAGCUGGGAAGCUCUGGAGAAUUACUUGCUUAUUUUAAGCCUGGUGUAGAAAGUUCAAUCUUUGUAGUGAGGUUCAGGGAUGAAGCAGAACUGCUACUAAAGGUCCUAGCCUGGGAAUCAAAGAAUUCCUGGUUGAAUCUCUCCAUGAAGGAGGUGGGUGAUGGGCUGCACGAGCAGAUGAACUGCAUGAUGGGUGCCCUGCAGGAGCUGAAGCUGCUGCAGGUGCAGACAGCCCUGGAGCAGUUGGACAUCUCGGGGUGCCGGAGCCCCCCGGAGCAGCGCCGGUGCUGCCGCAGCGGAGCCGGCCAGGCCAGGGGACCCUGCCCCCCGUGUCCCGGGACAGCCGGGCUGUGCCAUCCCACUGUGUUCCCAGAGAGUGACCACCCUGGAGGAACCCCCUCCUCCUCCUCCUCCUCCUCCUCCUCCUCCUCCUCACGGAGCCCCUGUGGGGAGGGUCUGUGUCCCCCAAAAGGACCCUCCUCGGUGUCCGGCAGAGCGGAGCGCGGCCGGCCCCGGACACCCGGCGGGGGCACAGCUGGGGGGUGGCCGCAGUGCCAGGAGUGCCCGGGCUGUGACGAUGGCCACGACUGGACCUCGUCCCUGAUGUCCCAGAGCAGGAACCGGCAGCCGCUGGUGCUGGGGGACAACAUCUUCGCAGACUUGGUGGGGAACUGGCUGGACCUGCCCGAGCUGGAGAAGAAGGGGGAGAGGAGCGAGGAGUCCCUGGCCCUGAGCAGAUCCCAGGAGCUCUGCAGGAAGUUCUCCCUCACAGCCAACAUCUUCAAGAAGUUCCUGAGGAGCGUCCGGCCGGACCGGGACAGGCUGCUCAAGGAGAAACCUUGCUGGCUUCCUCCUGAGGACAAACAGCCCGAGAUUUCCAAGAGGUCCAAAAAGAUCAGCAAACUCAAGGGGACAUUUUACUUGCCCCUGCACGGGAACCUGCAGAGCCAUCACAGCAAAGCAGAGAGGUGCCCGAGGGCAGAGAGCCGUGGUGAGCACCCCAGAAUGGGCUCCAGGAAAGCCCAGGACUCCAGGGAGCUCAGCCAGGCGGGGUUUGACAUCAACACGGCCGUUUGGGUCUGAGCCUGUCCCAUCCUCUGCUCCAGCACCACGCUCCCCUCUCCAGGAGACUCCUGAGCUCUCUGCAGGGACACAGAGGAGUCCUGCAGGACGUGCUGCCGGCUUCACUCGCCUGCACAUGGAAUUCUCUGGACAACUGCAGCUGCAGGGACUGCCUGAGCAGCAGCUGGCACAAGCGGGGAGACCUUUGGGGGCCAAUAUUUUGCUGAUAUUGGCAAAAAUAAUCUGAGUCUUUAGCAGCUUUAGGGUGAGUGGUGCCACAGGUGAGCAGCUCCUGGUGCCAGGCCCAUUCCAUCAUCUCCACCUCAAUGGCUGCAGCACAAAAUCCACGGUGUGCAUGUGUGUGUAUGAGUGUGCAAAUACAUAUAUAUAUAUAUAGUUUUGUUAAAAAAAUCUAUUCCUGCUUGUGUGCACUUGAAACUGGGUUACAAACCAGGCAUCCGAGCCUUGUACCUGAAGCACUUGUUAUUUAAAUGGAAAGAAAUAAGUUUGAAUUUAUAAGACUUGAACAAUUGCUGAGUGGGGGGCAAACCCCCAACUUUGGGGGCGUUUUCCCUUAAACUGCAUCCCUGGUGCCCUCCCAGCACCUCUCCCUCCCCUCCCAGUUCAACCAGCAGGGCACAAGGCUCAGUACAGGGGGUUUGUGGCCUGAGGGUCUCGGUGGGUUUGCCCCUCUCCCCUCCCCUUGUCCCUGUGGAUCACUCCAGGUACAACACUGCUGAAGUUUAUUGUUGGAUUUUCACCCAGAUGCAAACUUCAAUCCCCCAUUUCUUGUUGUGUUCCCUGUUGCUGUUGUACAAACCUCGUUUUGACAGAACCGAGUUCUUCAGUGUCCGACUCUCCAAGAGUUUGCAAUAAAGUGGGAUCGGUCUCGU